GGGGUUUACUUUUUUGUUUAUUGAUAAUCAACAGUUAUUAUAAUUAUUUAGAUAUAUAUUGUUGGAUAAUUGGCGAUGAGGUUAGAAGGUGAUCAUAUAUUUAACAGAUUUUACAACAAUGUUUGAUUGGGAAGACCAAGAGCUUGCAAAUAUAGUAUGGGGCGAGACAGGUGAAAAUGAAGGUCAUAUUGUGCCACCAUAUGAGGAGGGUAAUGAAGUGUUCGAAGAGAAAGCUGCAAUUGUGAAGCUUACUGAGAAGUCGACUCUUUCUGUUACUGAUUCACAUGAAGAGAGCUAUACACAUAAUGGAAAGGCUUCCGCUAAUGGUUUUGUUUCGUUACCUAAUUUGUCUCCGUCAAAUGCUACAAAGUUAAAUCUGGAACAUACAGAUGAUAAAGCUCAAGUAGAUAGUAGUUUUCAAAAUUUAGACAGCCAGUCUGUGGAUAGAGAUGGAAGUGACUUUGUUGAUUAUGGUUGGGCCAAUGUUGGUAGCUUCGAUGAUUUAGAUAGAAUAUUAAGUAACAAUAACCUGGUGUUGUGGGCAUCUAGUAGCGAUGAAGUUCUUGGCUGUUCAGGAAAAUCUGAACUUUUGUCUAUCGAAUCUCCAAGCUCGCGAUUAGGGGUUUCAAAGGGUGAUUGUCAGCAUGUUGGAACUGAGUCAUUGGUAAAUGAAGAAAAAAAGAUGGACAAGUCAGCUUCAGAUACUAUAAGAAGAAACCCUCCCUUUGUUUAUCCGAAUGGUGCUAUCAAUGUUUCAUUGCCAAAUGAAAUGGCUGUCAGCAAGCAUGCAACGAUGAGUGCCCAAAUAAAACCAAUAAGAUGCCAAGGACAACCUCCGACAUCAUGUGAUCCGUGGUUUUCUCUUCAUAAUCAAGGCAAAGAAUUUGACAGACAGCAUAGACAACUUAUCCGAAGUUCUUCUUCAAAGACAACACUUCAAGAAAAUUCACUUCCAUUUCCUCCUGAUUAUAACAUGAUGGGAAAUCAGCACACAGCAGUGCUUACAUUGUCACAUCAGCAAGCCUCAUCCUCGAGCUCAUAUCUUUUAGAUAAAGUUCCAAAUAUCCCUUUGACUCCUCUGAGCAUGACACCUCAGGAAAAAAUUGAAAAAUUAAGGAGGCGCCAGAAAAUGUGGGCAUUUCUUGCUAUUCGUAAACAACAGCAGAAGUUUAGCCACGAAGAAAGCCAAAUGCAAUUCACUAGAGCAGGUAACGUGGAAAUUGAUGAAAGUCUGGGCACAUGUAUGUCCCUUGAUGUGAGUUCACCUCUUGAACAGAGUGAUUCAGAUACAAGAACUGUGAUGUUGGAUAAGAGUACAUUGGAAGAUAACAUAUUACAUCAGCUUCAAAAUGUCAUUGCAACGUUGGGCAUUGACAUAAGGCUUUGUAUUAGAGAUAGCUUGUUUCGUUUGGCUGGAAGUGCUUUUCAGAGGAAAAAUUAUGGCGACACAGUCACUGCCAGCAGAAUAAACACAGACGAAUCUAUUGAAGAGGGAUCAAGCAGUAAAAGCUUGACAAAAAUGCAUGAUGGAGAGACAAAGACAAAUCCCAUAGACCGUGCUGUGGCUCAAUUGCUUUUUCAUACACCACCCGAAUCAUAGAUAUGCAAGCUGAUAAUGUCUUAUCGCGGACGGUUAGAAGCCUUAACCUCAGAGGAGACGUCCUACUAAAAAACUGUAGAAGAUUGCAAUCAAUGGUUUACAUAUAUGUUACAGUCCUUGACAUACUUCGAAAAGGCUUAUCUUUUCCUAUAUCCAUUGCUAGUUUAGUUAUAACAUAAAAAAAUCACAAUAAUAUUGUGAUUGGAUAUUUUUGGACUCGUUGGGUUAUAUAACAAUUUAUCAAAUCAAA